AUGUUCCCUGGCGGUAACGCGCGUCGCUCAGAUGGAUCGAAUUCAAGAAUGCGCAUCAAGUCCUUCGCGAAUCCGAUGGACGAACGAUUAGUCAAUCAAAUAUGGGAACAGUUAAAAAACGCAAUUAUUGAAAUUCAAAAAAAGAAUAACAGUGGUUUGAGUUUCGAGGAAUUAUAUCGAAAUGCAUACACCCUGGUCCUUCAAAAGCACGGUGAGCGUCUGUAUGCUGGAACCAAGGCCCUGGUCUGCGAGCACAUGAUUCGUAUCCGAGACAGUAUAGUGGAGAAUUUGAAUAAUAAAUUUUUGAGCUACCUGAACGCAUGCUGGAAGGACCAUCAGACGGCCAUGGUUAUGAUCCGUGAUAUUCUAAUGUACAUGGACCGUGUGUAUGUAGGACAACAGCAAUUAGAUAGUGUGUACAAAAUGGGCAUGACGGUGUUUUGUAACCUCGUAUUACGUCACAAUGUGAUUCGGGAGCACUUGCAGAAAACUCUGUUGGAUAUGGUCCGUCGGGAACGUCGGGGCGAAGUAAUCUCACGCUCUCAAAUUCGUGACGCUUGCCAAAUGUUUGUUCAACUGGGAGUGGAUUUUGAACAACCGUUUCUAGAACAAUCACGCGAAUUCUACCGGGCAGAGAGUGAAAAUUUCCUCGCAGAGAACACUUCAGCUUCUUUAUAUAUUAAAAAAGUGGAACAACGUAUCGAGGAGGAAAUCAAACGAGCCCAUCACUAUCUAGACCCGUCUACAGAAUCAAAAAUUGUUGCGGUGCUUGAAGAGGAACUUGUCAGUCGACAUAUGGAAACAAUUGUGAGCAUGGAAAAUUCGGGAUUAACAUACUUGCUCACACAAGAUCGAUUCGAUGAUAUUGCGGCCAUGUACAAUGUGCUUUGUCGGGCGGCAGAGGGGCCGAGAAUUAUGAGCCAGUACAUUAGCCAGUAUUUGCGUGAACAAGGGCGUAAUAUUGUGCGCGAUACCGGGACGUCAAAUCCUCAACAAUACAUUCAAGAUUUGUUACAAUUACGUGAUCGAGCAAACGAUUUGUUAGUCCGUGCACUCAACAAUCAAACCAUAUUUCGCAACCAAAUCAAUUCUGAUUUUGAAUAUUUUAUUAAUUUGAAUGCUCGUUCACCUGAAUUUCUUUCACUUUUUAUUGACGAGAAAUUAAAACGCGGCACAAAGGGCAUGGCCGAUCAGGACGUUGAUGCGGUCUUUGACAAAUGCAUAGUGCUUUUCCGCUACCUUCAAGAGAAAGAUGUGUUUGAAGGGUACUACAAAAAGCACCUAGCCAAACGACUCCUGCUAAGCAAAAGUCAAUCUGACGAUCAAGAAAAAAUUAUGAUUUCCAAACUGAUGGCCGAAUGUGGGGCGGUGUACACAAGUAAAUUGGAGGGUAUGUUCAAGGAUAUGGCUGUUUCGAAAACAUUGAUGGAUGAGUUUAACACGAUGCUACACACGACCAACCGAAAUUUGGGUCUAGACUUGUAUGUUCGCGUGCUGACCACUGGGCUCUGGCCGACUCAGUCAAUCAAUUCCUGUGAAGCAUUACCCGAGGAGGCUGCGGCCGCGUUUGAUGUGUACAAGAGGUAA